CUAUGCAGGUCCCGGCGGAGCAUGCGCACAGUCACUCCUGGAAUCCAAACUUCACUUCCCAAAAGGCCACAUUGCCAGAGGGGGCAGAACUUGGCAUCCCACGUGGUUCCCUUCACGUGCUUUCCCAGAACCGGAAGUUGGGGCUCUAGCGCUCUCCCCCUGCCUGGAAUGUUGCCGUGGCCCCAGAGAGUCGCCCCAGAGGAGGCGCUCCUGAAGGCGCUGCUUGUGGUGUGGAAGCCUGUAGGGGGCGCUCUAGCAUCGUGGGAACCGCCUCGGUCCCUGGUCCCUUCACUCUUCUCGCCUAGACCUUGGAGCCGCCUCCCGAAGACCUUCCCCCCGGACCUCCCCGCUUUGGCUCCUCCCUGCGGACCCACCUUCCUGCACUUGCAGCUCCCACCCCAGAGCCGCUCCCUGCAAAGCCCGAGUGACCCCUCUGCUCUCAGGCCCCUCCGGGCUCGAUGGCGGGGCAGUCCCAGGGAUGAGAACCUCCUUCCUGCCGCUUUAUUGCUCCCUCUCCAGCUGAGGCUCCGAUGGCCGCCAGGCUCCGUCCCCCCUGACUCUUCCUCGUCCGUCUCCUUCCCGCGGGACUCCUUUUUCGGGACAGGUACCGCAGAAAAGCUUCCGCGGGACUCCUUUUUCGGGACAGCUACCGCAGAAAAGCUUCCGCGGGACUCCUUUUUCGGGACUGCUACCGCAGAAAAGCUUCCGCGGGACACCACCUUCUGCGGGACUCCUUUCCCAUCCCCCUUGUUGCGUACCUUCCCUCUGCUGAUUAUCCCUCUCCCUUCUCUCUGUCUCCCAUCUAUCCGGGCAGGUGUGUGCGUCUGUGUGCGUGUAGUUCGCUUCCCUUUGUUUCCCCGACGCUUAGCACAGAGCCCGGCUCUGGCGGACUGACUUCUCCUUAGUCUAAGUCAGCAGAGCCUCGUGGUCCAAAAAGCGGCUGGAUCCGGGAGGAUCCUGGCGGCCCGAGUGACAAAGGCCGGUUUUCUUCCCGCGCUGGAAUCACGUCAUGUUGUUAAACUGCAUCUUGGGGCGGGGUCUUAAGGACUUGUGAUUUCCAAACCAGAUACCAUACACCCAUUGGAACAAGAAAUAAAACUUUGGAUGCCAAAGGGAGAUGUCUGAUGAAGCACCUGUCCAUCAAUGCUAUAUACCUUACCUCGGAUGGUAACUAUGUGAGUAUGAACCUUAUCAGUUAUUUUUUCUCAACCUUAGGUAACUAAAACUCUAAAAUGAUUAUAGAUGAGUUCCAGCCAAUAUUGGUGGAGGAAAGUAGUUUUCACACUUAAUGAAUUCAAUGGCCUUUGAUAUAGUGACUUUAUAUAUUUAAUACCUGAAAUUCUUCUCAUAUGUGCCAUCAACACCCGUGUGAGAAUAUUUGUAUGUAAGAUACGAAUCUUUGUGUCAGGGAGAAGUCUGGGGAAAAUAAGAGGACAUUUCAUUUCCCAAAGGCAUUUCAGCCUUUUCUCCUUUUCAGUUAUUAGCCCAAUUUAUUAUCCUUUUGCAAUGUCCAUCCUUCUAAGAUAUGAAUCAAUACAUAAGGUCCCAAAAACUGUAGUUUAAAAAAUUUUUUUUCUUAUUAUAGCUUUUAUUUACAAAACAUAUGCAUGGGUAAUUGUUCAACUUCUACCCUUGCAAAACCUUCUGUUCCAACUUUACCUCUCCUUCCUCCCGCUCCCUCCCCUAUGUGGCAGGUAGUCCCAUACAUGUUAAAUGCGUUAAAGUAUAUGUUAAGUGCAAUAUAUGUAUACAUAGUUAUACAAAAACUGUAGUUCUGAACUUUAAAAUUGCACUGUUGGAUGAAUUCUGUAGCUUGCCCAUCUAACUGCAUGUUAGGAUGUGGACAGUAGGCAUUUUUUAUCUACACAUUCUUCACUGGGUGGAUAUAGCCCAGACUCUUUUAAGUGAUUAAGGAUCUCAUCCAAGAGUUCCUCCAGUGUUCUAGGACUUAAACACAAGAACAUAUGUGGAAAAAUGAAUGUCUGGAGCAUUUCACUAUUUAUGGAACCCCCAACUUGUUCUUUGCUUCCAAAAGAGUAACAAACCCAUUUAAUAAGCAUUAGUUUACCUCUUAAUGCCUGCCCUGCUCUGAUACUUAAUUUCAGAAUGGGAAGGGACCUCAGCAAACAUCUAUGCUAAUGCAUACGAGAGAGGAGACCUCACCAUAACAUGCCUGACAAGUAGCCACUUCUGUAAUAAUAUUUUCUGAAUAAAUACAUACUUAUUAGUUUUUUAAUUAAAAAAAGACGUGCAUUAUAUCCUUCAAGUAAUCUUGCACAGUUGAAACUGUUAUUGUUCUCAAUCUAUUUUAUUUUUACUUCACAAUUAUUUCUAAAUAUACCUCUUCCUACUCCCCUAUUAAACAAGCUUUUCCUUAUAAGGUUAAAAAGGAAAAAAAAAAAAGAAACAAAUUAAAAACUGACAAAUUCUCACCCCUUUAUUUAAUAUAUGUAUACAUUGUUCCACACUGGGAAUCUCCCACUCCUGCAAUGAAGGGAGGGAGGUACAUGUUCUCAGCUCUUCUCUGGGACCAUCCUUUGUCCUUAUACUUACUUACUAUGUUGUAUUUUUGUUGUCAUCCUAUAUUUUGUUGACUCUUCUUAUUUCCCUGUAAUAGUUCACCUAAGUCUUUCCUUGCUUCGCUGAAUUCUUCAUAUGUGUCAUUUUUUAAAGUGAGGUAAUAUUGUGUUAUAGGAAUGUAUCUUAGACAUUCCCCAAUAGAAACUACUCAUUUUUUUAAUCAGAAAAGUGCUGGUAGGAAUGAUUUGAUGAAUGUGAGAGUUUUCUUUUCUAUCUUAGACUUUCUUGUAGCGUUGGUACAGAAGUUUAUUUUAAAGUGUAAAAGCUCAUUAUAGUACACAAAACUAA